AUGCUCCACAAGCAAACACGAGCAGUCGGAAGACAACUCUCCUCCACAAUCAAGAAUAUUGUAUUGUUGGAGAGCAGCCAUAACAACAAGAGAAUUAAAUCUAUGUGUCCUCAUUGUAUGGGAAAAUCAUGUUGUUCUUGUAAUAAUGGAAUGAUUCGCUCCUUUUCAACAAAUUUUAAAAUUUCAUCACAACAACAAGAGGCUUCAUCAUCAGAAUCACAACAACCACAGCAACAGCAACAACAAAACUUUGAUGUUAGAUCAUCGAACAGGGUUCAGGAUAUUUUAAAUAGUGGACAAUUCAGCGUUAUUGUGCCUCCUAUUUCCAUUCCAGAAGGACUUGACAUUAAAAACCUAACACCCGAACAGUUGGAUGAUAUCAGAGAAAAUCAACGUAUUAAAAAGGCUAUCUUCCACAUCCCAGCAGAGGGUGAAAGAAAAGUACCCAAGGGAGAACUGUCUCCUGAGGAGAGAGAAUACAUUGAAGAAAUGCAAAGAGAACAAGAAAAGCAAAAAAGUUUGUUGAAAGAAAUGUUAGGAAAGGAAGGUGUAGACGAGAAUUUGAAGAGCUCAAUUCAAGCAAUUUUCCAAGUUGAAAAGAAGUUGAAGCAGCAAUCACAGCAACAAAGAACGCUCAAAUUAUUGAGAGAGGCCAAAUUAAAGGGAAUUGAGGAUGUGAAAUCUGUUCUUUCGGCAGCACAAGCUUCCUCACUUGAACCUAACAAAGAAGAUGUUGUUGGAUCUGAACAAAAUACUCAAGGAGCUAUUGUGGAGGGUACUCCUGUUAAAACCAUUUUUGAUCCAGGAUACAACCUCGAAGAUAGGUGGAGGAAUAUCAGGUCCAGAUAUACAGAAGAAGAAUACAAGAGAAGCGCCACAUUCAAGGAAAUCUCCAGGUACAUAGUUGCUCUUUGUGUUGCUUCAUUUGUUUGCCUUGGUUUGGCAUUCCCUGGUUUCAAGAAGUAUAUUCUAGGUAUAGAUCCAAAGAAGCAGGCCCUCAAGGAAUAA